CCGAAGAUGGUUUUGCAUCUUUGACUGAGGCGUAAGGUUUGUGUUUGAGGGCAAAAUGUGGCAAAAUAUACUCCCGAUCAUUGUAGGUGUCGUUGUUUUGCAAGCGGAAAGUUAUCCCGAAGAAGAAGCUCAUGUUGAGCCAGCUGGAAACAUUUGGAGAAGAACUUAUAAAUACUCGAACGCACUCGAAAGGAAUCGGGACUGUGAUUGCCCACCAUCUGUACUACAUUAUUAGAGAAAACCGAUGCGAAGAAACGACAUUGUGCGCGAAGAUGCCGAAGAUAUACUGGAAAGAUUUCUGGAGGAAUAUUUACUACGAAUUUACGUGCACCGAGGAUUGUUUCGCAAACCAUUUGUUCCCAGCAGGAGAAGAACUAGCAAAACAAAAGUACCGAACGAAGAACGAGCUCAACAGUUGCCAACGUUUAAGCACGAAGGAGCCGAGUAUUCCGACGAGGACAACUACAAGAUGUCUCUAAACAGUAGAUUUUACAGCCAAGAACCAGUUCCCGGGCAGCUUCUGUAUCCACCGGUUUCUCCUAGAUUUCAACCUAUUGCGAAGCUCUACACAAGUGGACAGGUGACUAAUGUGCCGAAACGGAGGCUCGUUUCACCUUUAGCUUCGUUCAUCAAUAAUACAAUAGUCAACCCGGACGCAAGAAUUAAAAAUAUUCUGAGAAUGAACUCAACAGGAUCUGCUGGAAACGAGAUUCGCGAGAAGAGGAUUAAAUUUAGUAAAAACUCCGGAUAUCUUAACAAAAAUUCGUUAUCGCAUGGACCUGGUGCUACCAUAAAUGGUGUUUAG